AUGAGUGGUAGAUAUGAAGGUACAUCAAAUUUAUCAUCCUCAAGCUAUGAAGAUGAUGAUAUAUUUGAACCACACAGAAGGCUUAUCACUCAAGCGAUCUACCGAAACAAUCAGGUCAUUUUGAAACAUCUGAGUGAAGAAAGCGACAAAGGCAAACAUCAAGGAUCUAUUCCUGGUCAAAUAGUGAUCAAUCGUAAUAGAGAAGCUGCUGAUCGUAAUCUAUUCAAUGAUUACUUUGCCGAAAAUCCUACAUAUAAUGCUGCAAUGUUUCGAAGAAGAUUCCGAAUGGGAAGAAAUUUAUUUAUGCGUAUUUUUAACGAGGUUAGUAAUCAUGAUAAUUAUUUUGUGCAGAAAAGAGACGGAGUUGGAAAACUUGGUUUGUCAGGUUUACAAAAAAUGACAGCUGUAUUUCGAAUAUUGUCAUAUGGUGUACCGGCAGACGCUAUUGAUGAGUACAUCAAAAUAGGAGAAUCAACUGCCAUAGAAAGCGUGAAAAGAUUUUGCCGUGUUGUUGUUGAAGUAUUUGGAGAUCAGUACCUGCGAUCACCCAAUGCUAAUGAUGUUGUCAGACUUCUUCAUAUUGGUGAGCAACAUGGAUUUCCUAGAAUGUUGGGUAGUUUAGAUUGCAUGCAUUGGAAGUGGAAAAAUUGCCCAACAGCAUGGGCUGGGCAAUAUUCCGGUCGCAGUGGAAAGCCAACAAUUAUUCUAGAAGUUGUAGCUGAUUAUGAUCUUUGGAUAUGA